UUAAGAUGUGUUCUAUCUAGCAGUAGAACAGCAGUUACGAUAACCACAUUAUCUGGCUCGUUUGUCAGCUGAACAUUGGCAAGUGACCAGUAAGAUAUCAUCAAUCGUAUACCAAGGCGUGAUUGGGCACUCUUAUAACGUGUGCAUUUACACAUUUUUUCAUCUUCAUCGGUUAUGCCUUGGUAACUCGCAAUACAGAAGUUCUUUUUAGCAUGAGCAACGUAGAAGGAGUACUUGUUUAGGUGCAUGAUUCCGUUAUCAAACGCAUUAGAAGCGCCACGAUUAACCAUGUUCAAUGAACAGAAGAGUUUGCCGAUGUAUUUUCGAUAGAAAUGGAAAGUGGGGACGGAUUAACCAAAGCAGAAUAUAAGGACUGGCGUACGGGGAUACUGCGCGUUCGUAACAUCGUUGCUCAUGAUCUUCCAAAUAUUGAAUUAUUCGGUCGCAUCGACCCAUUCAUCGAGUUCACUUACUUAGGAUCGACCAAGAAGACAGAGACAAAGGAUGACACCCUUGAUCCAACAUAUGGCGAGGUUUUCGAAUGGGAUUUGCAGGGACGGCCUCUGGGUCCUGAAGACUGUAUAAAUGUGACAGUGAAGGAUUAUGAGCGCAUUGGCAGAAACAGGCUUAUUGGUACUGCGACCAUUUCCCUGCGUGAUAUUACGAGACAAGGAAACAACUCGAAGCAAGUGAAUGUUACCCUUGUUGAUGGCCAAAAACGUGCAACAUCGGGCAAAAUUUCCAUGCGCAUCGAUUACAACCCUCCAAAGGAUGCUGCAGAAAAGCAAACAGGGGGUGCAGAUGACAGGCAGCAAAGUGAAAUGGGAGGCGAAGAAGGAGGAGAAGAGGGUGUCGAAGGAGAAGAGGGAGAAGGAGCAGCUGAGGGUGAAGCUGAAGCCACUGGAGGGGCUGCAGGAGGCCCUGCAAAGAAACGGAGGAAAAAGAGAAGGCGCGGAAGACAGCACAAUCUGCCAGACAAGCCUACUGAUUUUCAGGUUCGAAUUAAAGUUAUUGAGGGAAGACAGCUCGCUGGUGCAAACAUUCACCCUGUCGUGAAAGUCACCCUGGGAAAAGAGUCAAAGCAGACAAGAGUGAAAAGUGCCACUAAUAGGCCGCAUUUUGAUGAGUCAUUUUUCUUCAAUUUCAACAUGAGACCCAAUGAGCUGUUCGACCAAAUGAUAAACUUUGAGGUGCUGAAUUCCAGAAAGCUCCUUUCUGAUGCCAUCAUCGGAACAUUCCAGUGCGAUGUUGGGCUUGUUUACGACGAAGAUAGUCAUGCCCUGGUAAGAAAAUGGAUUCUUCUCACGGCUCCUGAGGACAAAAUGGGUGGUACAAAGGAGGAAGAAGGCGACGCAAAAUCUAAGUCAAGAAGCUCAGAUGGCAAGCAAGGCGGGGAACCAGCUGGUUACUUGAAAAUCACGGCUAUUGUUCUAGGACCCGGAGACGAAAUACCUGAUUCCGUCAAGGCUGGUGGAAACGAUGACUCUGAAGACAUUGAAGGAAAUCUUUUGAGACCUGCUGGUGUGACCAUGAGGCCGGCAACAUUCCUAGUGAAAGUGUACAGAGCAGAAGACAUCCCACAAAUGGACACAGGCUUGUUUGAGGGAGUGAAAAAGAUUUUCAAGUCAAGCGAUGAACAAAAGGAGCUUGUUGACCCCUACGUCAAGUUUAGCUUUGCAGGUCAAAAGGCAAAAACACAAGUAUUUUACAACAAUGAUCAUCCUGAAUUCAACCAAGAAUUGAGAGUUGCUUUCAAGUUUCCAUCUAUGUGCGAGAGGCUGAAACUGCAAAUGUUUGAUUGGGAUCGCAUCGGCAAGGACGACUGUAUCGGAACAGCCUUCAUUCCGCUUUCGGCUAUUUCUGGACAAGGAGACGACGGAUUUCUCCCAAGCUUCGGGCCAUGCUUCGUAAAUUUCUAUGGAUCAACAAGAGAAUACUCAGAUUUGCCGGAUGAAUACGAUGAUCUCAAUAUGGGAAUUGGUGAAGGUUGUGGGUAUCGCGGAAGGCUUCUCGUUGAAUUAGACACAAGAUUUGGAGACCAUGCUGAUCCUCCAGUUCAUGACAUCAUGUCACAAGAGCUUAUUAGAGUGCAGACUUACUUGAGGCGCCGUAAAUUCAAGCUGUAUGCAAGCUUCAUAUCCGCGACUAUGCUCCCUGAAAUGGACGGCCCCGUUGAAUUUGAAGUCAGCAUAGGCAACUAUGGCAACAAACUCGAUACAUCUGUUCCACCAAUGUCAUCUUCCACCCCUCCAACCAAUGCUGUUUUCGAUGGUGCAAAUUACUAUUACCUGCCAUGGAAUGACAGCAAACCAUGCUGCGUUGUUGACAGUCAUUGGGAAGACAUUCAUUUCAGAUUGGACCCAUUGAAUCAGUUGUACAAAGUUAUCGAAAGAUUGGAAGCGAACAUGAAAAAGGUCGACAUUGGAAUCAAUGCUAAGGCCCUGCCUGCAGAAACAGCGGCCCUUUUGAUUCGCCUGCUUGAUUCUCUCAUUGCAGAUUGCAGCAAGCCACUGCCUGCCUUUGAUGCGACAGUGAAUGGUGUCAAUGAAUUGGAUUUGAAGCUGCAAGAAAUCCGAAAUGCCGAAUUGCAGCAAAUUGUAGCCGAAGCGAGGAAUUUGAGAGAGCAAGCAACUGAUGUGCAUGAAGCAAUGGAAGAGAUUAAUAGCUAUUUGAACAGGCUUCAUGACCUUUGCACUGAGCCCCAAAAUUCCAUGCCUGAUAUUGUGAUCUGGAUGAUCUCAGGCAGCAGUCGCAUUGCAUACCAUCGCAUACCAACGAACGAGGUGCUGUUUUCUCCAAAUGCCGAUUCUAAAGGACGAAACUGUGCCAAGAUCCAAACAUUUGAGCUGAAAUACCCUGGAAAGAAAGGCCGUGACAUUGAAAGCCACCCGGAAAUUCCUGCGCAGUUGAGGGUAAUUAUCUGGUUCGGACUUGAGAAAGACCAAGAGAACUGGACCAAAACCGAAAUCCCUGAGGCAGAGUACACUGUUUUUGCAGAAACAUACGAAAACCAGAUGAGUAUUCCGAUUGUUGGCUGGACUGCUAAAGGUCUCCCGAGACCAGCUUUUUCGGACUCAAGGGGAGAGGUAAAGCUGGCGUUUGAAAAAUUCAACCCCCCAGAGGGCUGGAGUUGGGAUAAUGAAUGGUUCAUUGAUCCAGAGCUCAGCUUGUCGUUUGAAGCCGAUUCGGGACACAAAAAAUUCUUGGAGGACGCUUUUGAGAACGAAUCAAGAGUUCCCGGCGGAAACUACGGCCCUGCUUCAGUUCACUACACAGAUGUUCGCGGUGACGCAAUAAACCACAGGGAUGAGAUCCAAGCCCCCGAAGGCUGGGUUUGGGAAGACGACUGGAAGGUAGAUGUGAACAGGGCUGUUGACGAAGAAGGCUGGGAGUACUGUGUCGAAGCAACGUUGGGCAUGGGAUGGGGCCCGGCUGAGAAGACAUACCACAUGUGCAGGAGACGUAGAUGGAUCAGAAGUAGGGUGCUGAUGAAGGACCCCAAGAAAGAAGCAAAACAGGCUAAAGAGGAACAAAUGGCCGCCGAGGGCUGGGAGUAUGCGCCAGUGUUUGGGAUGAAGUUUCAUGCUAAAGAACGCAAAAUGGACAUGGUUCGACGCCGUAGAUGGCAUCGCAAGAUGGUCAACGAAAGCCCUGGAGCGCCGCCAAUUUUCAGAAUUGAAAAGAAAGACAAAGAAAAGCCACCAGUUCUACUGUCACCAAGGAUGUUCCUCUCAUUUAAGAACCCUCACAAGUACCAACUCAGAGCAUACAUCUAUCAAGCACGUGAUGUGAUGGCCAAAGACAACGAGGGAGUCUCAGAUCCCUAUGCAAAGAUCUCCUUUGAAAACCAUUGUCAGAUAACCAGAGUUAUAAAGCAGACUGUAUGUCCGGAAUGGGAUCAAACGCUUAUAUUUGAAGACAUUCAGUUGUUUGGUGUUCCGUCUAUGCUUGCUGAGUGUGCACCUGUUUGCAACAUCGAACUUUUCGAUAAGGAUCAAGUGGGCAAAGACGAGUAUCUUGGACGGUGCAGCGUGCAACCCUUGGUAAAGCUCAAAGGUCCAAAGCCCCCUGGGCCAAAACUUUUGUGGUAUCCAAUAAUGUGCGGAGACAAAGUUGCAGGAGAGCUUCUAGCAGCAUUUGAACUGUUUCUGGAUGAAGGAGCCGACAUGCCAUUUUCGCCGCCAAAGACAGACGAUCGCUUCAUAGUUCCAAACGGGAUCAGGCCGGUCAUGGUCCGCACUGGUAUCGAGAUUCUUUGCUGGGGUGUUCGAAACAUGAAGAAAUACCAACUCGCAAAUGUAUCAUCACCAAAUAUUCAGUUCGAAGUUGGAGGAAAAAUAGAGACGACAAAAAUGAUAAAGAACGCCUCUAAAAAUCCUAACUUUGAUGUGCCCACUUACUUUCUUGAUGUGUAUUUGCCCAAGGACGAGCUUUAUUCGCCCCCGCUGAACAUUCGAGUUAUGGAUAACAGGUCUUUUGGACGAAAACCAACAGUAGGACUUCAUGUUGUCAAGUCAUUGGCCGAAUUCGCUGUUCCAGCUUUAGAUGCACCUGGAGGCCAGGAAGAAACGCAAGCCUUUGAACAAGCACCUGAACGUAAAGGAAGUGACGUUUCUGUUGACAUCGAAGAGAAAAAGAAGAAAAGGAGACCAAUAAAGAAAGUGAUUAAAGUUCUGGGACGUGGAGUGCCAAGGAAACUCAAAUUAAAAAAGGCUAAACGUGCAGAAACGCCGUUGUUAAAAGGGCCUAGGCGCAGUAUUAUCAAUCUAUUCGAAUUGUCAACAGAUGAGGGGAUAGAUUGGUGGUCCAAAUAUUAUGCAUCCAGUGGCGAUUUGGCAAAGGCUGGAAUCUAUCUUGAGAAAGGUUAUGACAAAAUGAUGAUCUACCGAAAAGAACUGGAAGAAAUCGAAGAGUAUGGCGGCUUCACCGAUUUUGUCAGUACGUUUCAUUUUAAGCGAGGAAAAGAUGAUGAUGACGAAGACGAACCGACAUGUGGUGAACUCAAGGGGCAAAUAAAAGUUUACCCGCUUCCUGCAGAUCCAGGUCUUCCUCUGCCACCAAAAUAUUUUAAGACCCUUCCAAUGAGCACCGUCACGGAAUGCAUUGUUCGUGUUUAUAUAAUCAAGGCAAUUGAAUUGCAACCACAAGAUUCUGGUGGCAAGGCUGAUCCAUACGUAGUAGUUGAACUUGGAAAGAAGAAAGUUAGCGACAAAGAUAACUACUGUCCUAAUACGGUUGAUCCAAUUUUUGGAAGGAUGUUCGAAAUCGAGGCAUCAAUCCCAAUAGCAAAGGACCUAAAGAUUAAGAUCAUGGAUUAUGAUCUCAUAGGCAGAGACGACCUCAUUGGUGAAACAGUUGUUGAUUUGGAGAACAGAUACCUCACAAAAUACAGAGCAACUUGCGGCCUUCCACAAAGCUACCAUUCGUCAGGAACAUUCCAGUGGCGUGACGUCAAAAGUCCGAAAGAGCAUUUAGAGAGGUGGUGUGAGCGACAUAGCGUUGCCAAACCCCAGUACCUUAGCAACACACAGCUUGUACUUGACAGCAAAAUUUACAAACUAGAGGACUUCGAGGAAGGCAUGACUGCCCAUCCUCAUUUAGGCCCAGCAGAACAAAGGCUCGCCCUGCACGUCCUUAAUAUGCAGAACCUCGUGCCAGAACAUAUUGAAACAAGGUCAAUCUACAACCCCUUACAGCCAACCAUCGAACAAGGUCAAGUUGAGAUGUGGGUCGACAUUUUCCCCAAGUUCCUCGGUGCACCUGGACCAGCUGUUAACAUUGCUCCAAGACAACCAAAGAACUUCGAACUGCGAAUGAUUCUUUGGAAUACGGCUGAUGUGAUUAUGGACGAGACAUCCAUUACUGGUGAGCAAAUGAGUGACAUUUAUGUCAAGAGUUGGAUGGAAGGAAUUGAUGACGUGCAGAAAACUGACAUCCAUUACAGGUCCCUCAAUGGAGAAGGCAACUUCAAUUGGAGAAAGGUUUUCCCAUUCUUGUAUAUGCCAGCUGAGAAAGUCAUGAUUGUGAAAGAGAAGAAACACUUCUGGAGUUUGGAUGAAACUGAAGAGCGUCUUCCACCAUCUCUUAUUGUGCAAGUUUGGGAUAACGACAAGUUUUCAAGUGAUGACUUCCUUGGAACUAUCACCUUAACACUGGAUCACAUGCCAAAGCCAGCCAAGUCUUCAGAGAAGUGCAGUCUCCAACAAAUACCAAGGAUAGAUGCCCAGGCUGGUUCCAACUCCCUGGAGUUCGUCGAUCUGUUCCAAAUGAAGAGGUGCAAUGGCUGGUGGCCAGUGUUUGUCGAAGAAGGGGACACGAGAACACUAACAGGCAAGGUUGAGAUGACUUUGGAGAUUCUUGCAGAAGACGAAGCAGCUUUGAAGCCAGCCGGAAAGGGACGAGACGACCCUAACCAGAACCCAAAAUUGGAUGAACCAAAUCGCCCUGCAACCUCAUUCUUUUGGUUCUCAUCGCCGUGGAAGACACUGAAGUUCAUCUUGUGGCGCCGUUACAAGUGGUACAUCAUUGGGUUCUUGAUCUUUAUCAUCCUCCUGCUGUUCGUCGUGCUGUUGCUGUAUUCGAUGCCCGGAUACACUGUUAAGAAGAUCUUUAGGGUCUGAGGGGUGACACAAGAAUAUUUGAGAAACAUUUUAUUUCAUGAAUUAUAUUUGGACAAGCAAUUUUUCUCGUAAGCUUAUUUGAAUUAAUAACUAUUUCAAGACAUAUUGGAGAUUUGCACUUUGAUGGCCGGUACUGCUUCGGUGAUGUUGUCUUUAGGUAUUGGAUCUAAAAGUUUUGCGGACUUCAUAUCAGUAGCGCUUGCUAAACCAAAUUGAUUUACGUCAUUAAUUGAUACGAGUCAUUUCAAUUCACAAUGUUUAUUUGGUGUUGUUUUUCCUGAGAAUGCCAAAAUUUCUAACGUUUUAAAUUCGCUAUCAGGGUAACUUGAAGCUCUUAAAUUGGCUGUUUACAUAUGUGGUUUUAAGACACUGUUUGCCAUUUAGAUGUGGUUUUCAGAAGAACCUGAUUAGCCACGCUUCAAAUGGAGCCACUUUGAGUAAGAAAUUAUUCAAGUUUGUUGGUUUAAAAAAGCUAUUUAGAAGUUGAUACCGGUCUAUCUUUUGUAUCUCUAUUUUAAUUUUGUCAAUUUUUGCUAACAUCUUUGCAUAACAGUAUUGGAAUUC